UUUCUGGAUGGCAAAUCAUGCGACCUUCCUUUUUUUGAGUUUUCUAUUCUGCUGUGAUCUCCUACUAAUUUGUGCUUCAUUUUGUGACUCAUUGAUAGAAAAACAAGUAGAGUGGGAUAAAAUCCCCCCUGCUACAGUGCAAUUAUAUAUUAAUGGCUGUAAUGUGAACAUCAUCACAUACAAAGAGAGCCAUUUUCCAAAAUUAAGUUUAUUCAAUCUCUCCUUUAAUUGCAUUGGGACUUUUCCAGAUAGUGUUCUUUCAGAUCUGAAAAAGAAAUGCCUAAAAGACCUUCCAAACUCAUUUCUGAGCAAUACUAGUCUACAAGGAAUUACAUCCGUCUGUACCUGUGACUUCAUUAAAGACAACACCAAACUGCAAAACAGCACUGUUUGUGCAGAAAUGCUAAAAAGCUGUGGAAACAAUUCAGUGGCCAUUUCUGUAGGGAUCUUCCUUCUUUUACUCUUAAUGGUCUGCGGAAUUGGGUGUGUUUGGCACUGGAAACACCGUAACACCACACGAUUUACUUUACCAAAGUUUUUGCAAAGGAAAAGCAGCAGAAGAAAAGACUAUGCUAAAACACUGUCCUCAAGUCCCUACAUCAUUGACUCAAGGCAUAAAACCUCCGUCGACAGCCAAGCCCACAGAUCUGCUGUUGGGAAAAUUAACAUUCAUGACAACUAUGAAAACGUGGAAGUGGGUCCUCCUAAAGCUAAAGAAGAAAUGGAUAAGGAACUAUAUGAGAACACUCGGCAGUCUAAUUUUGAAGACCAUAUCUAUGGAAAUGAGACAUAUUAUAACUUCCAGAAGCAUAGUGCUUCUGAAGUUCCUCAAGAAGAAGAUAUAUACAUUCUUCCAGAUUCAUCUUAGCCUUUCAAACUACUGAGUUUCAUUAGCGGAGGAUGAAUAUUCACUGGAGGUUUUACUGUACUGAUGUCAUUAUUAAUUAAGUUCUUGUCAUUAUUAAUGACAUUUUCCCUAUGAAAUUGUAUGGUCUCUCCUCUAUCUCCACUCUUCUGAGUCUUUUUGAUAUGUAUCAUUAGGAAUUAGUUCUAAAUAUCCUCUCAUCCUCCUUGCUCUGGGUAAAAUAUGUAUUAUGUUACAUUGAUUAUCCCAUCUAAAUGUUGUCUGUUACCUGUUUUUUGUUUGUUUGUUUGUUUCUACCUUCACCAACUUUUUCUAGCUCAGGAGGACUGUCACCAUCCUAACUAAUCAUCCUGCCUCUGAUUUUCUGCCUGCUGAAUCAAUUUCCCACUUUGGUGCCAGAUUAAUCUUCAGAAAAUAUUCCUAAUGGCCACUUCAGUCUCUUGCUUAAAACAUUUGAAUGCUUAUUCUUUAUUACAGACAUAAUGCUCAUAAUUCUAACUCCAGAAUUCAUAAUUUUCCAUUAUUGAUUCCAAUUUACUCACCCAGAACCUUCUCCUACUAAUUACUCACUUCUCUGCUUUCAUCAGAAUGAUCUCAAAACCUUCCAAACUCAUUCUUUCUCCUUUACAGGGCUUUGCUUGUCUGCCCUUGUAAUCUUGCCUCCAGUCAUGACUUCUUCCACAAGUCUCUGGAUCAUUUCAAAUCCACAUUUACCUUUUUGUUUUCUACUAUCCCAUAGAUUCUCUUACCUGUUCAAUUCUUUGGGUGUUUAAUCACAUGAAGGUUUGCUAUGGCAUUUCAUUACUUAAUGUUAUAUGAAAAUCCUUAAAUUCCCAGUUAAACAGAAAGGAACUGCCUCAUUUAUAUUUUUAGACUCAAUGCUUACACCAUCACAUGAGGCACUAAAUACUUGUUCAAUUGACAAGAAUUGAAUUGUAUAUUUUGCUAAGUCAUUUUGAAAAAAAUCUAAUAAACUCUACUAUUUAUCUA